UAGGUCCAUGUCCAUCAUCUACCUCUGGACGGUCAAGUUCGCUGGCACGUCACGUCCGCACUUGAACCUACAGCAGCGCAGGGGGCUUCGCUUACUUUCUCUUUCUCACUUCUCUCGAAGAGGCAAUGAAGCCCAGCGGCACACGCGUCCUGCCACUACACGGCUCUCUCCUGUACUGUUAUCUCUAAUUUAUUUGGGAUACCCGAUGCAUCGUCGAAGAUCUUUUCCUCUGGAAUCUCCACGAUUCUGGAUCUUCCUAAUGUGAAUCCAACGGAGACCGUGUCCAACAUGUCUCGCCGCAAGCAGGGCAGACCCCAGCACUUAAGCAAACGGGACUUUUCUCCCGAGCCUCUGACGGCAGAUAUCCCCGAGGACGAGGAAAGCCAUCCCGGAUCGGAACCGUCCACCCCCAAAGGCGAUCAGGACCUUCUCACCUGUGGCCAGUGUCACUCCAGGUUUCCUUUGGCUGACAUACUGCUGUUCAUCGAGCACAAACGCAGGCAGUGUCAGUGCCGCCUAUACAUGGACAAAUGUUCGGACGAGCCCCCGUCACCCCCGCGGCAGGCCUGCGUCCCAGUGGAGGUAGCGGUUCAGGUCUCGCCCCACGAAGGGGAGCGUUUAGCCUCCACGCCGCAUGGAUUACGGCCCAAGCAGGAGACUGUGACAGAAAAAGAUGAGCCCAGCAGCUACACUUGCACAACUUGUAAGCAGCCCUUCACCACCGCCUGGUUCCUGCUGCAACAUGCCCAAAAUACACAUGGUUUUCGAAUAUACCUGGAGAGUGAACCCGGAAGCCCGUUAACCCCUCGUGUGGCCUCAGCUCCAGGCAUGGGAGGCGGAUGUGCCUCACAACCACCUUUACAUGCAGCCCACCUGGCAGACAGUAGUCCCUAUAGCUUGAUGAGGAUAGCCAACAGGGACGGCUCAUCAGUUCCUAGAGAAGGCCGAUAUCCCAGGACACCCCCGCUUUUUAGUCCCCCGCCACGGCAUCACAUGAGCCCAGAUGAUCUGGUUUUGGCCCCCCACCACCCAAGCGCCUUUGACAGGGUACUGCGUCUCAAUUCGGUACCCUUGGACUCCCCAUCUAUGGACUUCUCAAGACGUCUACGGGAACUGGCGGGGAACUCUGCCGGAUCCUCUCCGCCCAUGUCACCCAACCGUCCCAGCCCUAUGCAACGGCUGCUUCAACCAUUCCAACCAGAGGCUGCCCAUUCUCCAUCCGGACCCCAUUCAACGCCCACCCAACAGACGCCAACCGUGCCAGCCGCGAAGGCAAAGUCUUGCGAGUUCUGUGGGAAGUCCUUCAAGUUCCAGAGCAACUUAAUCGUUCACAGGCGCAGUCAUACCGGCGAGAAACCCUACAAGUGCCACCUCUGCAACCACGCUUGCACGCAGGCCAGCAAGUUGAAGCGUCACAUGAAGACUCAUCGACACAAGUCAUCCUCCACUACCUCCAGAUCCGAUGACGGCCUUUCGACCGCCAGCUCACCCGAACCAGGCACAAGUGAUUCACUGAGCAGUGCCACCGAUGCUUUGAAAUCUGUGGUGGCUAAAUUCAAAAGUGAGAAUAAUGGCAUUCCUAAAGAUGGACAGGAGGUGGAAGAUGAUGAGGAGGAAGAGGAAGAAGAGGAGGAGGAAGAGGAGGAGGAGGAGGAGGAGGAGGAAGAAGAGGAGAAUGAGAGUGAGACAGGAGAGAGGAAUGAUAUCAACUUCAGCUUGAGUCUGGAAGGUGCACGUCACCAUGAGAACAAUCGACAGCAGCACAGCAAAUGUGGAGGGGAAGGCGUUCAGGUUUAUCGGGAUCCCCUAAACGUAUACAAACGUGGUGACCACCGAUCGACUGCUGAGGCAGGUGCCGACGACUUCUCAAAAGAGUCUGACCAAACCAACGGGCCGUACGUACCCACGGUGAACGGAACGGCCUCCUACCCAAACAAUGACCUGUCACAAAAACUUCUGGGUGAAAGUCCUGUUUCCGACAGGCCUCUCUCCAAACGCAUCAAGGUGGAAAAAGACCUUGAUCUACCUACCCCUACACUCCCCAAUUCUGAAAACGUGUACUCUCAGUGGCUGGCGGGAUAUGCCGCGUCGCGCCAGCUCAAGGAUCCCCUCCUCAACCUCGGGGACUCAAGACAAUCGCCUUUCGCUACCUCUUCAGAGCAUUCCUCGGAGAAUGGCAGUCUCAGGUUCUCCACUCCCCCCGGUGAGCUGGAUGGAGGGACGGCCUCGGGACGCAGCGGGACUGGGAGCAGGGCCAGUACGCCCCAUCUUUCCACCAGUCGCCCUAACUCCAAGGACGGCCGCCGUAGUGACACUUGUGAGUUUUGUGGCAAGGUCUUCAAGAACUGCAGCAACUUAACAGUGCAUCGGCGCAGCCACACGGGCGAGAGACCGUACAAGUGUGACCUUUGCAGCUACGCCUGCGCUCAGAGCAGCAAGCUAACGCGGCACAUGAAAACGCACGGACAGACGGGCAAAGACGUUUAUAAUUGUGAGAUAUGCCACAUGCCUUUUAGCGUGUACAGCACUCUGGAGAAGCACAUGAAAAAAUGGCACAACGACCGGCCCCUGAGCAUCGAAAUUAAGUCAGAGUAAAUUACCACAGGAUUAUUUAAGGAACGGUGUCCGCUAAGUAUACGCCGGGCACAGAAAUUGUUAAAAUAUGACGCAAGACUCUGAGCCUCUCUAAUGUGCAAUAACUUAACGUUUUGUACUUUUUCUUACUGGUUGGCAUGUUUUAGUGUGUUAGCUUGAUAAGCGUUAGCUGUGUUGGUACUGUCUUUUGUCAAACAAGACAUUUCAUGCUGCAAACAAUUAUUUUUACAUAUCAUACUUAGUUUUUUUUGUCAUUUAAGCUUGUAUUCUUACGACUACCUAAUAUACAUUCACACUGGGGUUACACUGUUUAUUAGGGGACUAAAUGAACUUUAGGGUUGCCAGCGAAAGUUUGAACAGUGACAUUUGACUAAAAUACUAAAAACGUGAAUUUUUAUCGUUGCUUGUGAAAAAGAGUGCCUUGGGUGCAUUUGUGUUUUUUUUUUGUUGCCAUAAGCCUGGGGAUAUUGUUCAAUGCAAAAUUAGGUUCUUGCAUCAAGUACCUAUUCACUAAAUGCAGGAAUUCAGUAUGCUGUACGUUCUUGUGUAUAUCUUUUACUAGUUUAACCUUUUGCGUUCCUUUAAGUACGUUCUUUUGUUGGCAGGUUCAUGCCGUUUUGCGUAAUGAGAUUUUCUCUUGUGUUUUGGUGUCAUUACUGAAAGGUACAUUUGUUUUUCUUUUGAAUUGGGGUUUUAACGUUUCUAUGGGUUUUCUAUGAAGGUUUUUAGAAAGUAUCCCUAAAAUCGCGUUUUACUCAGUAGAUAAAAAACAAUAUAUUGUAAACUGAUAUACUGAUACAUUUCUAUUUGGUGCAUGGAACUAAAAGCGUAUUAACGAUGUAAAUAUGUCUAUUUCUUGACAGGGUCAUUCACGAACGUCUAACAAAUCUUAUAGUCCCUGAAUAAGCUUUUAAAGAGUUAUCGGGAUUGAAAAUCCUUUGAAUUUCAUAUGAAGCUAGAAAUAGAAAUAGUUUAGCGAGGCCAGUUUUGAUGGAGGAUUGGAUUUCAGGACAUCCACACAUUCUUGAAUAAGAGUCUGAACACUUUACCGUUAACUUGCAUGAAAAAUGUGGUUCAUGUCCACGAUUCGUUCUUUUAGACACCGCUCUUCAGUUUCUAAAGCUGUGUACUGUAUAUACCCCUGUCUGUUAGUAAAGCACUUAGCCACGUUCACACAUUUCGUGCCCGUCGAGUUGACAUUCAGACUUUUUAUUCUCUACGUUGCCCCAUAGUGUAGUUUUUGAAUAGCACUUGCCACUCAGCCUAAAACUCUGUAUCUGUCCUGCUAAUCUACGGGCAGGUGGUUGAGUAUAAAACUAAACAGCUCUCCAGCGGCACACAAAAAAUAACAUGCACUGUUCGAUUUUUGUCCUGUUUACAAGAGGAACCUCUCAUUUUACCAGCUUGCUGAGGUGUCAACACGUAAAUAUACGGAACUAGAGUUAGAUUAGAAUUUUUGAUCUGCAAAAAGAUGAAAUAAAAAGAAAACUAAUUAGCUAGAUUUUAAAUCGAGACGUGAUGUUUAUUUCUCAGUGAAAACACUCCGAACUCGCUGCUUAAACAGCCAUGAGGUUUAUUUGACUUUCUUUUUUUAAAGAAUGAAUAAUUCACAGUUUUGGGCUUCUUUUUGUAAUACUUUGGUGUUUUUAACAGGAAAUUUAUUUAAAGUUCUUUUUUUACUCACCUUCAUUUCUUGGUGGAUUACAACGUUCUAUGUAAAUACUGAAUGUUAUGUGAAUUUUUUGUUUUAUUUUCCUUCUUGCCAUAAACACGUGUUCAAGACGCAUUAUGAUGAGAUUGUAGAAAUACAUUAGGCAUUUUAUUGGGCUGACACGAAAAGCUAUCGUGACACGCUUUAGUUUGCCACGUCAGUGUUUAGAGAAAAUCCGGAUUGAAUUGUUCAUCAAAAGUAGUCCAGAUAGUAUUUAUAUAGAGGCUAGAAUUCCAGACUGUUCACUUUAAAGGUACAAAAAUACCUGUAGUUGAGCCUGACAUGCUGCCAGCGUUUUUUUCUCCUUAAUUUGGCAGGAUAAUAAAGUGUGAAUCAUUUUAAUGUAUGGAUCUUGAAAAUGAGUUUCUAAGAAAAAGCUACGUGGGGGUUUCAUGGAUAAAAGGCUAGACAAUGGUCUGUUGUCACGCUCCUGUCACGGUGAUGAGAAACAGGUGCUUUUAUGAUGUCUGGCCUGUGGAUAUGCAGUAACGUUUCAUAGUUGGGUUUCUCUCUGUUUCAGCUGUCACCCCCCCAACACAACCUGAAACAUUCCAGUCGUCUUUGAAAGAAUGGAUGUCAUAUGCAAUGAAUCAAGAGUAAAUAAAUACAAUUAAAAUGCAUUUUUA